AUGAAGAACCUGGACCAGUAUGGACAAAGUCACAUGGAAGGUCUGGCGUGUGCAGCCCUGUCCAGUCUGGUGUUGGUUCUCCUGGGACUGCUGGGCUCGGUCCACGCUUGUCCUGGUGUCUGCAGCUGCUAUGGUAACACCACUGACUGCUCCGCUGUCGGCCUUCUCUCUCUGACGCCCGUCCUAGCACUGCUGGACCGGGACUCUUUGAUCCUCCGCCUACCCCGAAACAACCUCUCCUCCCUGGGCACGACGGAGCUGUCCAACCUCAGCGGCGUGGAGCUCCUGGAUCUUUCCCAGAAUCACUUUUCCACCCUGCAACCUGGAGCUUUUUCUAGAGUGAGCGGCCUGCGCUUCCUCAAUCUUUCUGCUAACUACCUCGGGGCUCGUCUGGUUACUUCUGACCCCAACAACAGCACUGAUGUCCUCCAGGGCUCGAAUGGGAGUCAAGGAGGCACUGGCCUGAGCAAGGAUGUUUUCAGGGGGCUGUGGCGGCUGCGAGGGCUCGACCUGUCCUUCAAUGGCCUCCUGUGGCUGCCCAAAGGCCUGCUGGAUGGGCUUCAGAGACUCGACUGGCUGUCCUUGGCCAGCAACCGGCUGGUGGCCCUGGACAGAGUGACCUUCGAGCCCCUGGUGGGGCUCCAGCAGCUCCAGCUGGCAGGAAACCCCUGGGAGUGUGACUGCAAGCUGAGAGACUUCAAGCACUGGAUUGAGUGGUUGAUUUACAGGGAUGGGCAGGUAGAUGCGAUGCAGUGCAGCCUCCCGGCGGAUUUGAAGGGCAGGGACAUCCGCAGCGUGCCAGCAGAGAUGUUUAGCUACUGCCUGCAGAGUGCAACCAAAGAGGGCGCGCCAGGUUACGCCACCCGGCCCCCCUGCCCGCCCGGCCGGAUCGGCAGCAACGAGGAAUGUGUUCGCCAGCGCUACCGGCCCGUCAGUGUCCGUCGAGCGCACGGCACGCAAAUAGUUGCGGGUGUGAUUUGUGGCACAGUGUGCGUGAUGAUGGUGGUCGCUGCAACUUAUGGCUGCGUCUACGCUUCGCUGAUGGCGCGGUACCAGAGGGAGAUGAAGAGCCGCGGCCAGCCUCUGAUGGCUGAGUCCGGGGCCGACACAGACCUGGAGGAUGGGCAAAUGUCUUCUCCAGAGGAGAUGCUUCCCAAAGAGGCCUGCGGCAUCGUGCACGGGUAUCGAAUCAGCAGCUUCUGACCCGCUGCUUUUUACUGAUUUUCGAUCCUUCCAGGACGCUUUGGCUGCUUCUGCUCCUCAGCUGUCAUCAUGGAUGACACAACGAAGAGAGAAACUGCAGAUCUCUGAGCGGGGACUGAUGGUACAGCUAAUGGAGCGGACUGGAUUCAGUGAAACUGGAAUGCCGCAGCACUUCUUUUAAUGUAUGGAUAUUCUGUGAAUUGUUAUUCCCUGCGCUGCAUCUCUCAGCCAGCUUUUAAACUCCUCUGAAGCUGCUGUUGCACUUCUGCACCUGGACUUCCCUUCAUCUGUGUCUUUUCUUCUUCUUUAGAAAUAUGAAACGACCUUUUUGUCUUUGUAUCCGAGCCCAACAAGCACAAGCUCCAAAAGUACAAACGUCUGUGAAUCUGUGAAAUGUGACAUUUCUCCUGAUGUUUGCUGCACACAUUCUCUUGUUUUCUUCAGUUCUGUGUAUUUUAUGUAAUCUGUGACAUCCCCACAGAAAUAGUUCUUCCUUUGUUAGGUGGAUGUCCUGUUGAACUCCCUCUAAAUAACAGACUCUGUGUUAGAGUCCUGCUGCUGUCUGGGAAAAGCUGCUUCAUCACUGAGGUGAACUGCAUUCAAACUAUACUAGAGCUGUGCUGCCACCUAGAGGCCAAGCUUUGAAACACAACCUGUAAUCCAGCACAAACUGUUACAUCUGAGAUACUGACUGUGUGAAGUGUGUGCAUCAGCGCACGUAUUAAGUGUAAUGUCCAAAUGUUUUCAUUGUGUCCAUAUUUUAGUGAUAAGCACAUGAAUCGUCGUCUCAAACUCAACUCAAGGACUGUUAAUCAUGCUGAAGAUAAUAAACUCUA